UGUAUGCCGGUAGGUUUAGUGUUAAGUAAAGAAUUUUGAUUUGUAGGCAAGGGUUCUGGGAGCUUGAUAGGCGGCUACCUGAUGAAAGCCUUCGGCACAAGGCCCACCUACAGAAUCUUCGCUGUGAUGACACUGAUCACCGGCAUAAUGUACUACAUCUUUAACGUCGCGUACUUGAAGAAGCGACCGCAGGUCGAGGGUAACGAUAUCGUGAAGAAGAAGCCGAAAAAGGUGGAGAACCAGAACGGCCUCGAGAGCGGAAUCAUCGAGAUAGCGCUGGAAGAGAAGAAGCAGCGCGAGAACGACGACAAGAAGAACGAAUCGAAUAUCGUAACCGGAGUAGACAAUCAAGCCUUCUCCAACGAACAGGACAACGUGAAAUCUUCCAAGGACGAAGAGAACAAAAGGGUGAGCGAUAUAGAGGCUGUCAAUAACGCGAAGAACCUUGACAAGAUCGAAAAAGUACCUGCGGAAGAGAGCAAGAAAAAGUUGGGGGCGAAAAGGCUGAAGAACACGCAAAUCGACGAACGAGAGAGAACGAAAGAGUGCUCGAAACAAAAUGGCACGACGAAUCCGAGCUUCGAGAGCGAUAAUCAAGAUCGAUGUAACGUCACUGUCGAGAGGCAACCGGAAGAGAAGAAAUGAACAUGUUCCUUCACCGAUCUCUUCUCCUCUUCGUGCAGAGGCACAAAAUAUUUAUCACUGAAUUUCAUCGGAUGUAAAAACGAUGUACAUCUACGUAAUCUUAAUUAGGAGGAAGUUAGACUUUCCCUAAGAUCGCCACCUACAAUUCGAAGCUCCCCAUAGACUCUCUAGUCUCCCUUAGAAUUUCCCUACAGUUCACGUAGGACUAUGUUCUCUAUAGUUCUUCCUAAGAUAGCCUUCUUCCAAAUUCUAUCACUUCAAGGGCUUCCUUUGAUUUCGAGAAUUCCUCUAGACACUAUUCGAAUCACGAGAAAUCAUUCAGGACUACUGAAUCGUGCAUGUACUUCACCAUGUUAAAUAUCGAACGAUAUUGUACAUUCUUUUAUAAUUAGUAUUCAAAAAGGAACGCGCGGAUAUGUUUUAGCUUAAGGAAAGAAUCAGAUCACUAUUUUAUACAUCUUUUAUCGUAGUUUAGAGUACACGUAGACGUUAGAGCCACCUUAGUAAGUGUUUUAACAUAUGUUUGUUGUUGUUACUUGAACGUUAUAUAUAGUUUCUGAACAGAUAAAAAUAAUUGUUCGAGUAGUCGACGAUGUCGAGACUUUUGUCGAAACGAAGCAAACUUUCAAACGAGGAGUGUAUAUUAGAUUUAUAAUUUAUUCGCACGAAAUUAGUGUGCGACUGCUCGACAAUUGUUUGUAAAUCAACAUUGUACAAUUGACGUGUAAAAAGUUACGAUUCUUAAAGCUCUCGUAAUUAUUAGAAGUUUUCCAGUGUAACAAUCUCGCUUUUAUACUUUACAACUUACUAAAUCGAAUAAAAGCGAGAAUUUUUUCGUAAGUAAAAUACGUUUUUAUAAACGACUUACACUCGAACACUUCUGAUUUAUUUUUAAUAUUCGCUAUUAUCGUUAACUUCAUAGGCUAAUUGUCGAAGCGCCGUUGAAAUGUUUAUCGUUUCGCAAAAUUGUAUACCUCGCUAUUAUCAAUACGGAUCAUACUACUAUGUUACGAUAAUACUUCCAUUAAAAAAAUGAUAAAAUCAUUUUCUACGAUUUUGUACAAAAGAUCAACGCCAGAAAAAAAUAAUAAGAACCGAGCAAAUAGAUAUUACGUAGGAGCACGUUAAACGAUAAGAAGUUAAUUAUGUUUCUGCGAAGGAACAAUGUGAUAAUAAUUAUGCAGGAAGUAGCGCCUAAUUGCGAGUUCUAUAAUGUACAGGAUAUGUAUCGUUUACGAACAUCGUUUUCGCGACAAUAUCUGCUAUAGAAAAUAAAAGAUACAAAUGAAAAAUCUUUUCUUUCAUUCUGCUUUCUUAAUUGUCCAAAUAUAUUGAUAUCUAAUUUGUGACUUUUGUUCCAAUUUGCAAGUUGGAAAUAAAAUUUACAAAUUCCCUAAUUUUUCGUUACUUUU